GUGUAACCAUGCUAAUGACAAAUUGCUUAUGGAUAAGAUAAUGAAUCUAAGCUUGAUUAUUUCAUUGACAGAUAUAUCGUCUUGCUUAUUCCAUAUUAUACUACUUAAUAUCUAAGAAAUAAAGUAUUGAUCUAUGUUCCUGUAGAUCAGUAUUACGCAAUUAUCUCAACAAGUAAUCAUUUGUAAAUACUUCAUUAUUAUCUCAUGUUUUAUUAUUUUGCAUUCGGAAGUAAUUUAUUAAAAGAACGUAUACAAUUAUCAAAUAAAUCUGCUCAAUAUGUUGGUAUUGGAGUAUUAGAAGAUUAUGUUUUAUCCUUUGGCGGAUUAAGUAAUAAUUGGUUUGGAGCUACUGCAACAAUUAAACCAUCACCUUCUGAAUAUGUAAUGGGUACUGUAUGGAAAAUGUGUAUGAAUGAUAUGAAAACAUUAGAUUUACAAGAAUCUGCUCCAAUAAUGUAUCGUCCAAUUGAAAUACCAAUUAAUCUUUUCUCUGAAAAAUCUUCAAUUAUUAAUUGUAGAAGUUAUAUAUUAAAUUCAUCUGAAUCUGGAGAUCCAUCUCCAUAUUAUUUAGAUAUAAUAAUUCGUGGAGCUAUUCAAUCUCAACUACCUCAAUCAUAUAUUGAUCAAUUAAAGAAAAUUAAACAUAAUGGAUAUUUAGGAAAAUGCAAUCUGUAUAUGAAUAUUCUUAACAAUAUACCAAUAUCUGAGCGUUAUAUGUACCAUAUAUCAGAUCUAAAUAGACUACAAUUAGAAUAAAUAUUUACUAUUUUCGUA